AUGGCCUCGUUCUCUGUGUGCUUCAUCAAGAGACUGAAUGGAAAGGGGCAAAGUGCGGAACUUAGCCAAGUAAUAAAGGCCUUUCCUGCUGAAGCUGCCAUCGUCGCCUGGUGUUCAGCCACUGGAGUGUUCGUUGCUAUGCCAGUUACCUAUAGUCAACGGCUGAAGCAUCUCAAGGUCGAUAUGCUUUCGCUAUACCAUCCUCGGGUUCCAGAUUUGUAUCCCAAAGACAUAGACACUACAACGGACAUACGACUCGAAUCCUCUCUCAAGAAUCUUACCAUUUCGUCUUCCGCCAAACCCAAGACCUCUAAAGCUGUUGCCGACACCUGGGAAGACGUUGCUUCUCCAUCAACCUCCUCCAAUUCCACUACUCCCUCACCGCCCUCUACUCCCACUGACGCAACCCCUGGUCCUCCGCCGCCGACGCCCAUCUCUCCAACUUCCUCCCACUCACGCAAGAAAAGUACAGACUGGUCGACGUUUGCAAGUGCCUAUACCUCAAAAUCCUCAAGUAGUACGCCUCGGUCUUCUACGGGCCCAGAAAAGAGACCGGAGAAAUCAUCUGCGGCGGCCGGACGCUUGAUUGCAGGGGCGCUAGGUGUAAAGCCACCGAAGAAGACUGAGGAAAGCAAAGCGUAUGAGCGGGCUGUGAGGGAGAAGGAGCGGAAGAGAAAAGAGGUGGCCAAAGACGAGGUGGGGAAGGCUGAGAGGGAGAGGGAGGAGGCGAGGAGGGCGAUCUGGGAGGGUUGA